CUGACUCCGGAUGUACUUCCAAGGGGGUGGGGAAGCGGGUUUCUAGCAAAGAGGGUCCAACUCAGUCAGAGGAAGGCUGAGGUUUGGUCGCACUUGCUCCUUCCACUAUGUUUGGCUGCUUAGUCGCAGGGAGGCUGGUGCAGACCGUGGCACAACAGGUGGCGGAAGACAAGUUUGUGUUCGACUUGCCCGACUACGAAAACAUCAACCAUGUCGUGGUCUUCAUGCUGGGCACCAUCCCCUUCCCGGAGCGCAUGGGCGGCUCUGUAUACUUCUGCUACCCCAAUGAGAAUGGGUUGGCGGUGUGGCAGCUGCUGGGGUUUCUGACCAAUGACAAGCCAAGCGCCAUCUUCAAAAUUUCCGGCCUGAAAACAGGGAAGGGCAGCCAACAUCCUUUCGGCGCCAUGAACAUCCCCCAAAUGCCUUCUGUAGCCCAGAUUGGGAUUUCCGUGGAGCUGCUGGAACUGUUGGCUCAGCAAACUCCUGUAGCAAGUGCCGCUGCAUCAUCGGUCAAUUCAUUCACGGAGUUUACUCAAAAGAUGCUAGACAAUUUUUAUAACUUUGCUUCAUCCUUUACUGUCACUCAAGCCCAAAUGGUACCCAACCCAUCUGAAGCUUUCAUUCCUGCAAACGUAGUCCUGAAAUGGUAUGAGAAUUUCCAAAGACGACUGACUCAGAAUCCUUUAUUCUGGAAAUGAUAUUGUCUAAUAAAUUUUAGUUUCUUUUCCA